AUGGGUGACUGGAGCUUUCUGGGGCGACUGCUGGAGAACGCUCAGGAACACUCCACCGUGAUAGGAAAGGUAAGCGAUGGAUGGCGAGGGCCCGUUUUCAUUCGAUUCGAUUUGAUGACACUAUCCAAGGUGUCCUUCUCCGCUUCUUCCUCCCCCCAGGUUUGGCUGACCGUCCUCUUCAUCUUCCGUAUCUUGGUGCUGGGCGCGGCGGCGGAAGAAGUGUGGGGCGACGAGCAGUCCGACUUCACUUGCAACACGCAGCAGCCCGGUUGCGAGAACGUUUGCUACGACGAGGCCUUUCCCAUCUCCCACAUGCGCUUCUGGGUGCUGCAGAUCAUCUUUGUGUCCACGCCGACCCUCAUCUACUUGGGACACGUGCUGCACAUCGUGCGCAUGGAGGAGAAGAGGAGGGAGCGGGAAGAUGAGAACAGGAAGAUGGCUCGCCACCUGGAGGACCACGAUCCGCUCUACCACAACGGGGACGGAGGGGGCGCGUGGAAGAAGGAGAAGCCACCCAUCCGCGAUGAGCACGGCAAAAUCCGAAUCCGCGGGGCCUUAUUGAGGACCUACAUCUUCAACAUUAUUUUCAAGACCCUGUUUGAGGUGGGCUUCAUCCUGGGACAGUACUUCCUCUAUGGCUUCCACCUGCGGCCGCUCUACAAAUGUCGCCGCUGGCCGUGUCCCAACACGGUGGACUGCUUUAUAUCCAGGCCAACGGAAAAAACGAUAUUCAUCAUCUUCAUGCUGGCGGUGGCUUGCGUUUCUUUGCUCCUCAACCUGCUGGAGAUCUACCACCUGGGCUGGAAGAAAGUCAAGCAGAGCGUCACCAACGAGUUUGUCGCCGACAACGAGUCCCUGCUACUGGGCGCGGUACGGGGCGGAACCGCCAAGACUCUUCCCGAGGAGGUCAGUCCGCCGGCGCUCGACUGUUUGCCGACGUACGCCAGCGUGAGUGUGGUCGGGGGCAGCGGCGCCGAGGGGGGCGCCGACAGUCCCUCCGAGGUGAUCUCCUUAAGUCCCGAUAUGGCAAGCGGUUCGGUCAAGGUGGACCGCGCGUUGUUCCACCCGGACGACCUCCUGUUGCAGUCGCUGCCCGCUUCCUUUUACGACGGAGUCCACAGACGGCUGACGGAAGAGAAGCAGAACUGGAGCAACAUGGCGUCGGAGGACGCCGAUGGAAAAAACUCCUCGGUCUCGUACCCUCCCCCGUCGCCUCGGAUCUCCCCCUCCUCCUCCUCCUCCUCCUCCCCGCAUCCGGAGGAGACCAUUAUCGCCGCCCCCCCGCCGGAGUCGCCACACUCCACUUUUCCCACGCUCCCUUGCCACGCUCGUCUCUACCUCCUCUCGCUGGAGGAGGCGCUGGCGAGCGAGGAGAAAGCGAUGCCGAGCGACGACUUCACCGUGGUCACCAAAGCCGAGAUGCAUCAGCCCCCCGACGCGCAGAAGCCGAGACGGGUGAGUGAGAGCAGCGGCGCCAGGGCCCGGCCUGACGAUUUGGCGGUGUAACCACGGCAACGAGAACUAAAAUGCUGCUUAAAUCCGGAUACGAGUAGACGAGGUGCCCAUCGGUCAUCGCUUAGACAAACUCCAGCCAAAGUCCAAUCGUGACUUCAAAACGGCACUCCGCCCCGGGCUUAUUCGCAAAUUCACCAAUUCACUCAUUUGGGGGGGGGGGGGGGGGGGGGGACAACCUAUCCUGUGUUAUUCGCGUGACUUUGGCGGCAUCAUGUGACAUCUUCGUGCCAAGAGACCGUGUCGAAAUGAAGUGAGGAGUUUACGUUUCGACCACCCGAGGAACUGUGUUGAAGUGAAUUGAAGGGUUUCAUUCUGACCAACAAAAAAAUUACAAAAAAUUGUGCUUUGCCGCCGUCUCGUGGCAUGUCGGUUGCCAAGGAACUACGAGGUAUGUUGAAGUGAGUUGAAAAUAGCGCUUUGCCUAUCGCAUGUAUAGGCGAUUUACAAACCUUCUUUGGGGGGGGGGGGCAGUCAAUGACCCUCUGCCCCUCAAAUCGCGGGGGUCCACUGUGUCUUCAUGGAUAAGCACCUCCGCUACUAGUGAACAUGAUCUGUACAUUUCGAUACGCUCUUCCCCUCGCUCACAAAGUCCUAAUGGAAGUCGUUUGAAUAUUUUCUGUGCGCUCGAGCUAACCAGGAAUCCAACAGUGACAACGUAACC